GUCGGAGCAGCCAGCUGGCGAAGCAAUUUUUAAUCGUCUUUUUAAUGCUGCAGCCCGUGCAAGACAGGAGCUGGCGGCGAGUAAUGAUUCAACCUUACUUUCCACAACAAGACGACUAUUUCGCCGGCGAAUACAUCGUGUUCGAGAAGGAUCUGGUGGCCGCAGAGAAAACCCUAUUUGGCAAGCAAAACUUUUCCUCCUUCCAGGGCCAGAUAAUGGUUUUCUGCCCCCCACAAUAGAACUUGAGGAACUGGCUAAACAUGGAUUAGGAAAACCUGUGCACGAGUCAAUGGAGGCCGGACGAACCAACUCAAAGAUUGGGUUAAACUGGAGUUUAUCUGAAUUAAACAACUUUGUUUGCCAAAGCUACCCUCGCAUCAGUUUAAAUUUGGUAGGCUUUGAAUUGGCAAGGACAGGCAAAGGACGCAAGAUCCAGAAAUUGCAAGUUAGUUCUGUGAAGGAACUUAAAGCUGUUGUUGGCAAAAGCAGGCUUUACAUCGUGCCACGAGCCACUGUGUUGCACGUAACAUCACCACCCUCUGCCAUGUCCCUGAAUUCAUUCCCACCACUCGCAGCUCCAGCAGUAGAUGAGACCUCACAAGUGGUUUCAGAUCAGGUGGCAUCCACAUCCUCUGCCAUAUCCAUAAAUUCAUUCCCACCACUCUCAAUUGCUCCGGUACAAGAUGAGACCACGCCUGUGGCUGAGAGUACCCAAGCUCAAAGUGUGGUUGCAAAUCAGGCUCUUCAAGAAUGGCGAGCAAUACGUGCCCAGCAAGACCAGGAGUAUAAUACAAGUUUGUUGGUGGAUCAGGAGAAGGUAAUGCUUCCAUGCUUCCAAGUUUUAUAUGAUAUUGCCAGUGAAAUCUUUGUGGUGCAAGAAGCUGCAUCAUCAAGAUCAGUUGAGAGUAGUUCCUCUGGGUCAAUAAUGGAUCAUGGCAUUAAAGCAUCCUCAACUCUAUAUGUGCUUUGGUUUUCAAAUAAGGAUGUACAGAUCAACCAAAUGGAGCUUAUGCCCUACACCAUACAUCUCACGGUCAGUCAUCACUGUCUGAGACCUCCACCCAGCCAAGUCUCUCUGAGCCCCCCACCCGCCCUCUGCUGCCUGAGCCCUCCACCCGCCCUCUGCUGCCUGAGCCCUCCACCCAGCCACCGCUCACUCUGUUCUCACAACCACAAGAAAUCCUGA